GAGCCCGGCAAACAGUUUCAGUCAGCGCAACCAUUCAGACGUGUGUGAAAACCGCGGAUUCCGCGGCCGACGCGCCGAUGUUAACAAGUUAAACGUGCCUUAAUUUAUUUUAAUUUAUUGUGAAAGAUUUUAUUUAUUUAUCCCGAUUCCGCCGCGGUGUAGUUGUUUUUAUAUUUUUAACUAUACAAAUUGAAAGUGAUUAUCGAAAGUGAAGGAUGUACUAUUGUUGACAGUGUUUGUUUACGUUACGCACUGUGGUCAACCGGUUGCGAAGUUUGACUUUAGAAAAACGGACUUUUUAAUCUGACAUAUUACACAUGAGCAAACACUGAAAGAAAGAAGGAAAAAAUGACAAAAAAGAAGGAAUCCGCGAGCACCAGCUCAGAAAAAACGAGUAAAUCCUCGAACGAAACGAAAUCAACGACCGAAUCAAAAUCCAGUGAAUCUUCAUCAAACCGCAAAUCAUCCCUCACGUCCAGGAUUCUGGGCUCUUUCUCUCGAGCAUCUUCCACUGCCAGUGUAGCCAGCCAGAAGGACUCCAAAAGUGCCACCGAUCGGAAAUUAUCCUUAGUCAAAAUCGAGUCAAUUGACGACGACGAUGAUCUGGCCAACUUGACGGUGCCGAAGACGAUCGAGUACACUGUCACCGAGCCAGCAACCCUUGUCGUCGAAAAAAAGGAUACCAGCCAGAAAACAAAGUCUAAGAAUGCCAAGACAAACAAGUCGGUCAUCGAGUCUGUUAAAAUGGUCGGCGGAAAGAUCAUCAAGACGACCAAAGCAAUGCAGUUCACUUUCGCGCGGCCUGACGAUGAUGACAACGACGAUGACGACUUCCAAGUAGAGAUCACCGAGAUUCCAUCCGAAGAGCGUCGGGCCUCUGUGGGAUCGACGCAUUUUUCCGAGCGCAAAAUGUCAGCCGAUUUUUCCGCAGAAUCAAAAUCGAAAGUCUUCCAGUCCUCAAAAUCCGACUCGCAGUCGAGUUUUUACUCCACUCAAGACAGCAGCACCGCGGACGAGCAAAAUGUACGGCUGGUCGGUGGGAAGCUGACGAAAACACCGUCGAAAGACUCUCAGUUGCAGUCUAAUUCCAAAGUGGAGGGGUCUGACAGUCAGUUGACGAGGACUUCAAGUCACCGCCUGAUCGAGAAGCAGUCCAGUCAAAAGUCGAUCCACGAGUCGUCACAGGAAUCGGUCAAGGAGUCUAAAGCAACCACCGUCCAGAAGAGUGGCUCUCGCACGUACAUAACAACCAAGACGACCAUCGGACCGGACGGAAAGGAGCGAACCGAGACUGUGGUUAAGAAAGAGGAGUUGCCACCAGAAUCGCAAACAACUUACUCGGAGAAGCAAGAAUCUAAGAAAGCCGAAAAUUUCUCGACUACCGGUCAAUCCAAUUUAAAGUUGACGACUGGUAGCGCAGAUGAUAAAUCUUACUCGGCACGGCUCCGGGCCAGCCUUGAAGACGAUUCUUCCGGAACGUCGAAGAACUCUGAACUUUCCUCGGUGAAAAUGGUGAAAACUGCUUCAGACUCGAGCUCGAAAACUUUCAAAACGGAGAAAGUUUUCGAGACGAGUGAUUCUAGAUCCUCUGUUUAUUCUGACUCCCAGUCUUUCAUCCAAAAUGAAAAAUCUGGAGUGACAGACAAGCUUAGCUCCACAACAACAACUGACACAUCUAACAAGGGAGCGUCUUCUGACACUGCCAUAAGAAGCAAAGAUGAUGUAAAUUACUACACUUCCGGAACUUCCUAUGUCACCACGACAACCACUGGCGCUAAACAGAGCCAGGAUACUUCCGGUGUGAGACUGGUCGGAGGAAAAAUAGUGAAGACAACCGAAAGCAAGGAUUACUUCAAUAAGAAAAUUGGCGAUGGUCUGGACAAGAAAUCCUCACGGUCCGCCGAAUCUCAGUCAAAUGCUCUUUCUAACCAGUCUGAUACUAUGUCCUCCAGUAAGCUUGUGUCGUCGAUCGAUAAAUCUGCCUCACACACGACUGAUUCUCUCUCGAAAGUGACAGACAAAACCGAGAGCAUGUCUUCUACCAAGCUUGUCUCGUCCGCAGACAAACAAAGCAUCUAUUCCACCAAGACAAACGUCUCCACGGAUAAAUUUGAAAACAUUCCAUCAAGUCAGCUUGUAUCAUCUAUUGACAAAACAGCCACUCACACGACUGAUUUUCCUGGUAAGUCAACGGUGGACACGAUGGAUGGAGUAUCCUCAAGUAAACUUGUAUCAUCCAUCGACUCUCAAUCUAAAAAUAUAUCGGAUAAGUCAGAAAGCUUUUCCACCAGUAAAUUUUCCUCCUCCAAGUCAGAAAUAAAAACUUCCAAGGUAGAUAGUUCCUCCACUGCGUAUUCUUCUGAUGUUUUCGACUUCUCCGACGAAAAUCUAGUGUGUACAUGUGAUCUCGGCGCUACACAUUCCACGAACGAUUUCAGCCACAAGGAUGAAAUUAGUUCAACGAAAUUUCUUAAAUCUGAAAAUUCGAAGACUUCUACAACCCAAUUUGUGUCAGGAGUCCCGGUUGGAUUUGAUCCUGCCCCUCUCGAUAUUCCAAAAUCUCCGAAGCAGCCCAAAUCCCCAACCACGAAACUUGUUGGCGGAAAACUUGUAAAACUUGGCGAGGACAAAGACUAUUUCAACAAAAAGAUAAGUGAGGGUGUCGAAAAGAAGGAGCUAAGAACAACAGACUCGAGUUCAAAAUUCGACGUAGAUGAGACCUCCGUCACAUACGUCACAGAUAAAUUCUCUUCAAAGCUAUCCUCGAGCUCAAUAGUUGACAAGCAGUCAAAGACCUUUGACAAAGAAACUAAUUCGUUCGGCACACGUCUCGUUGGUGGUAAGCUAGUAAAAGACUCUACUGAUGCAACUUACUACAACCAAAAAAUGACGGACGGAUUCGAAAAGAAGAUACAGGAUAGCACCAGCACCGACGAAUCAUACACUAAGGACUCCACCUAUACCGUCACUAGUGACUUUAUUUCACGUGAAUCAGAGAAACAGUUCGACCUUGGGCGUAAUGAUGUUACUUACACAUCCGAAAAAACAAUUCCAAGAAGUAAAAUCACCGAUGACACUUACUCUGUGAUCAAAACGCAAAAUGGAUCUAUUCCAACCUCAACGACAGAGAAAACAUAUAUUAUCGAUGCGUCCACGAACUCUCAAGAAGUCAAAAUGGUCGGCGGAAAAAUCGUCAAAAACGUUUCUGACAAGAAUUAUUAUAAUCAAAAGAUAACUGAUGGACUGAAAAAGAAGGAUAGCGAAAAAACUAAGACUGAUAGCACAACCUUUAAAACCCAGAAAGAUAUAUCUAGUCAUGACUUUACAAAAACUGAUUUUUCUUCUUCCAAUACAUUUACAACUCAAAAGUUUGAAGUAUCCGAUAUCAGUGAUAAGCAUGUUAGUGAUAAAACGUACGUGAAAACGCUCUCUAGUAAAGAAUUUCCGAUUUCUGGUUCACCCCAGGGGCCAGCCGAGCCUGGGCUCACAGUUAAAAUGGUCGGUGGAAAAUUAGUGAAAACCUUCGUGACACCCGAACCUCAGCCGAAGAAAAAGCCAGGCAGAGAACCAUCGCCAACCAAGUACUCGACCGACCAAACCUUCGCCGUUGAGUCUGAAACUAUUUCAUCCUAUAAACAGAAAGAGUUGAAAAACGGCGAUAUUAAGAAGUUCCCGCGUACUGAAACAACGACCAUUAUCAAGAACAUCGGUGAUACAACAGAUUAUAACAUCUCUACUGCAGAACUCAGAUCCACGACUAAGGAGCAGGUCAGCAAUUAUACAAGUAAAUACAUCAGCGAGUACGAUCAAGGGAGACCUCGGGACACAUCGCCGACGAAAAUCAGGAGAGACGACUCACCAUCCAAGUCCAAACCAAAAGAUUACUCCCCUCUGAAGGCGCGAGAUGUUUCGCCGACCAAAUCAAAACCAAGAGAUACAUCUCCCACAAAAUUAGGCAAAGACAAGUCCCCGAUAAGGUCCGUUUCGCAAAUAAGGCCUGACACAACGAUCACAUCUAAGACCACUGAUAAGAGGUCCGACUUUUCAUUGGACCGCUCCGAUACCACGGUAGUGUCCAGCAGCUUUGUCUCGGAGAACCUUUACAUCAAUGAUUACAAGAGCACAGACUCUGUAAAUCAGACAAAAUUGGUGACAUCAACGCCGAUCAAGCCAGGCCGGAAGGAGCCUACUGACAAAUCGCCCAAGGAUGAAGGACCGAAAAAGCCUUCUGAUAGGUCACCAACAACUACAAAACCGACCGUGAAGUCAACCAAAUCCACCACUGAAAUAACCGAAACAGGUCUGACCGUGAAAAUGGUCGGUGGAAAACUAGUGAAGACUUUCGUGACUCCUGAGCCAGCUCCGAAGAAAAAGCCAGAGCGAGAGCCCUCUCCGACCAAGUCACCAAAACCGAAACGUACGGAUACGCUCGACAAACCUGAAACCUACUCACCGACCGCUAUCCGCAAAGGAAGUUACACGAUCACCUCAACCGGGGAGAAGGUGGGUGACCGGCCGGUGGCGCUCGUUCCGAGGGACUACGACGUCGUCGACCGAAGUUACACGUCGGCGACGUCGGACACGUUCCAGGCGUCGACCAACUUCAAGACCGAGUCGCAAACCACGUACGCGACCAGCAAAGUCCUGAAGGAGAGCUUCGUCUACGACUCGCGCGGAAACGUCGUGAAGGUGACGAAGACCGAGUCGGUGCAGGACUUGAAACCGGAGACCGUUUCGCGCACCUCCGUCACGUCGGACGUGAAGGCGACGCGGCUGGUGGACGAGCGCGUCGUCGACAACCGCGAGACGUCCGUCACGAAAACGGUUCGGGACGACCGGAAAACGGUCGACAAGAAAACGGUUCGUGAUGACAAGAAGACGGUGCGAGAUGACAAGAAGACGACCAAAGUGACGGAGAAGACCGUCGUCAAGGAGCAGUGCAUUUGCGAGAUUUGCACAUGCGGACGACAUACAUGCACUCACGAGCCGGAGAACACAGGCCCGCCUCUGGACUGGAAGCCAGAGCCGGUGCCGAAAACCUCGCUGAAAAACGAGGCCUUCCACCCGUUCAAGCCCAACGAAGUGGAACGGCCCAAAAUCCAGCGCCUCAAUACAGAGCUGGAGCUGCCUCAGGGGGAAAUCGACCAAACUACAAACUACAAGAAGGACUACCCCGAGAAGCAUGCAGAACGUCAACCAAGAUAUCACAUGGAGGACCAUCUCCAUUUGGAGGGAGAAUACAAAGUCACGCGGAAACAGGAAUACACAGCGACAAAGGGUGAGAGAGCACCAGUUCGUAAACCAGAGGAUAAUUUACGACCUGAGGGUGAGUUCGAACGCCCGAAACCUGAGAAAUUUGGACCAGCAGAACGACCCAAACCAUUUAAGCCCUCAGACAACUUAAAGCCUGAAGGGGAGUUUGAACGUCCUAAACCUGAAAAAGUAGGACCAGGGGAGAGGGCUCCAAUUGUUAAACAUCCGGAUAACCUCCGGCCAGAAGGAGACUUCCAGCGGCCUGAGAAAGAUCAAUUUAAACCCGCUGAAAGGCCAAAACAAGUGAGGCCUUCGGACAACUUGAAACCUGAGGGUGACUUCGAUCGUCCAGAAAAGGAUAAGUUCCGGCCCGCUGAAAGGCCGAAACAAGUGAAACCAUCUGACAAUUUGAAACCUGAGGGUGACUUCGAUCGUCCAGAGAAGGAUAAGUUCCGACCCGCUGAAAGACCGAAGCAAGUGAAACCAUCUGACAACUUAAAACCUGAGGGUGACUUCGAUCGUCCAGAGAAGAAUAAAUUCCGGCCUGCUGAAAGACCGAAGCAAGUAAAGCCAACAGACAACUUGAAGCCUGAGGGUGAAUUCGAAAGACCUAAACCUGAGACAUUGGGCCCUGCAGAAAGGCCCAAACCAAUAAAACCAACUGACAAUCUAAAACCCGAGGGAGACUUUGAACGACCUGGAAAAGAUCAGUUCAAACCAGCUGAAAGGCCAAAACAAGUCAAACCGACGGAUAACUUAAAGCCUGAGGGUGAGUUUGAUCGGCCGGUAAAAGAAACUGCGCCCAAAAAAGGAGAGCGGGCUCCAGUCAAACGCCCGGAAGACAACUUGAAACCCGAAGGAGAAUUUUAUGGAGAAAGAGUUGUGACGAAAGUGGUCAAGGGUGAAAGAGCUGAAAUAAAACAUCACGAGGAUCAUCUGAAAACGGAGGGUGAAUUUUAUGGUAUCACCACGAAGCAAAUAGAAUUCACGGGUGAGCCUGGGGAGAGACCUAAUAUGAUUCGUAGGAAUACUUGGACAAAACUAGAGGGCGACAUGGAGAUCGAGACGACGAACAAAAGCGAAUUCAAGAAAUUCGACACAACAAGGACCACCAUCAUCAGAAGGCACACGGAUAAUCUCACCGUCGGCGAAGGAACAAUACAGAUUACCUCCCAGAACCGCGAGGAUUAUCCCGAGAGAAGAGUUGUAAAGCCAGAAAAACCUAAAAAACGGCCAGACAAUCUCAAGCCAGAUGGAGGUGAAUUCUACAGUGAAACCAGCUCCAUGCAAGCGUUCCAAGGACAGACUGUGACAUCAAGGGUAGAAAUCACACGACACAAAGAUAACCUAACGACUGAGGGUGAUAUUACGUUUAUCACAUCUAGUCAAACAGACUACACAGAGAAAUUACCAGAAAGAGAGACACCUAAACGUCGCCGCACGUGGACAAAACAAGACGGAGAAAGGUACUUUGAGACGACGAACACUCAAGAAUUUAAAACGUACGAGAAUAUCACUGACGUUAGGCAAACACAAAAACGACACCACGACAACUUAAAACCAGAGGGACCUUUCGAAGGAACUCCUCGUUCUAAAGAUGACUUUAAACCCGUGACAGCUGAGCGGCCUGUGCAAAAGAAGCCUCGAGAUAACUUAAAACCUGAGGGUGACUUCCAGCGUCCUGAAAAAGAAAAAUUCAAGCCAGCAGAGCGGCCAAAACAAGUAAAGCCAACUGACAACCUCAAACCGGAAGGUGAAUUCCAAAGACCGAGGAAAGAAGAGUUCAAACCAUCGGAACGACCAAAACCUGUGAAACCCAAUGAUAAUCUGAAGCCUGAGGGUGAUUUUGAGCGUCCAGAAAAAGACAAAUUCAAACCAGCUGACAGACCAAAACAGGUCAAACCUACGGAUAAUUUGAAACCUGAAGGAGAUUUUGAGCGACCUGAAAAAGGACAGUUUAGACCUGCGGAGAGACCAAAGCAAGUCAAGCCCACAGACAAUUUGAAACCGGAAGGUGAUUUCCAAAGGCCUGAAAAAGAUCAGUUCCGACCUGCAGAGAGACCAAAACAAAAGAAGCCCACUGACAAUUUGAGACCUGAGGGUGAUUUUGAACGUCCGGAAAAAGAUAAGUUCAGACCGGCUGAAAGACCGAAGCAGGUAAAACCCACAGACAAUCUGAAACCUGAAGGGGACUUCGAGCGACCUGAGAGGGAGCAGUUUAGACCCGCAGAAAGACCGAAACAAGUUAAACCCACCGACAAUUUAAAACCUGAGGGUGAUUUUGAAAGACCUGAAAAAGAUACGUUUAAGCCUGUUGAGAGGCCUUCACCGGUCAAACCUACCGACAACUUAAAACCCGAGGGUGACUUCCAACGCCCUGAAAAAGACCAAUUCAGACCCGCAGAAAGACCAAAGCAAGUUAAACCAUCUGAUAACUUGAAACCUGAAGGUGACUUCGAGAGACCAGAAAAAGACCAAUUUAGACCUGCCGAAAGACCGAAGCAAGUCAAACCCUCUGAUAAUUUGAAACCUGAGGGCGAUUUUGAGAGACCGGAAAAAGACCACUUUAGACCUGCCGAAAGGCCUGUUCCAGUAAAACCGUCCGACAAUUUGAAGCCGGAAGGUGACUUUGAAAGACCGGAAAAACGACAGUUUAAACCCGCAGAAAGACCAAAACAGGUUAAGCCCACGGAUAAUUUGAAACCCGAGGGUGACUUUGAACGGCCUGAGAAAGAUAAGUUCAAACCUGCCGAAAGACCAACUCCAGUUAAACCAAGUGAUAAUUUGAGGCCUGAAGGUGACUUCCAGCGUCCUGAAAAAGAGCAGUUCACACCUGCUGAAAGGCCAAAACAGGUAAAACCAUCUGACAAUUUGAAGCCAGAAGGUGAAUUUGAGAGGCCCGAAAAAGAUCACUUUAAGCCUGCUGAGAGACCGAAGCAAAUAAAACCAUCUGAUAAUUUAAAACCAGAGGGAGAUUUUGAGAGACCUGAAAGAGAGCAAUUCAAACCUGUUGAAAGACCCAAAGCUGUCAAACCAUCUGAUAAUCUGAAGCCUGAGGGUGAUUUUGAUCGUCCUGUAAAGGGACAAUUUACUCCAGCGGAGAGACCAAAACAGGUGAAGCCAAGUGACAAUCUGCGCCCUGAAGGGGAAUUUGAACGUCCUGAAAGGGACCAAUUCAAACCAGCGGAAAGACCCAAGCAGGUCAAACCCACAGACAAUCUGAAGCCUGAGGGUGAAUUUGAUAGGCCAGAAAAAGCACCAUUCACUCCAGGUGAACGACCAAAAGCAGUCAAACCUAGUGAUAAUUUAUAUCCGGAAGGAGAUUUUGAAAGGCCCGAAAAACCGGUCGUUGGCCCCGGUGAAAGGGCUCCGAUUGUUCGUCAUCCUGAUAACCUAUUCCCUGAAGGUGAUUUUGAGCAAAGACCAAAAGACAAAGUAAUUCCAAAAGGUGAACGAGCACCAGUUGUAAAACCAAAAGAUAAUCUGUACCCAGAGGGUGAGUUUGAAAAACGUCCAACGAACGACUUCCUCCCCAAAAAGGGUGAACGGGCCCCUAUUGUUAUUCCACAGGACAACUUGAAACCUGAAGGAGAGUUUGAAGGCAGACCAAAGCCCAAGGAAGGACCAACGUAUGGUGAACGAGCUCCUGUGGUAAAGCCGAAGGAUAACCUUUAUCCGGAGGGUAAAUUUGUCCGACCUGAACCAGAAUACGCUCCAACUCAUGGAGAGAGAGCACCGACAAAGAAAUAUCCUGACAAUCUGAAACCUGAAGGAGAUAUUGACUUCCCGAUCAGAGAGGCCCCAAAACCGACCAAAGGAGAUCGAGCACCAGUGAAGAAGCCUAAGGAUAAUUUGUAUCCAGAAGGUGAAUUCCAAAAGCGACCAAAAGAAGAACUCCCUCGUGGUGAACGAGCACCGGUUGUGAAACCAAAAGACAAUCUUUGGCCUGAGGGAGAGUUUGAAAAGCGACCAACGAAUGACUUUCCUCCUAAAAAGGGGGAAAGAGCCCCGAUUGUUAUACCAAAAGACAAUUUGAAACCAGAGGGUGAAUUUGAAGGUCGACCGAAACCAAAAGACGAACCUAUCUACGGAGAAAGAGCACCAGUUGUAAAGCCAAAGGACAACUUAUAUCCAGAAGGCAAAUUCGUUCGACCAGAACCGGAAUACGCUCCAACUCAUGGAGAACGAGCACCCACGAAAAAAUACCCUGAUAAUUUGAAACCCGAAGGUGAUAUUGAUUUCCCAAUGCGAGAAGCUCCAAAACCAACGAAAGGCGACCGGGCACCAGUGAAAAAGCCGAAAGAUAAUUUAUAUCCAGAAGGAGAGUUUCAGAAGCGACCAAAAGAGGAACUUCCAAGAGGUGAAAGAGCACCAGUGGUCAAACCGAAAGAUAAUCUUUGGCCAGAGGGCGAAUUUGAAAGGCCCCCUCUGCCAGAAUACUCAUCUGUUAAGAGACCUGAACCAUUCAAACCUUCAGAUAAUCUUAAACCUGAGGGUGAAUUUGAGAGACCGCAGCCAAAGAAGGUUGGUCCUGGUGAACGAGCUGACAUCAUUAAACAUCCAGAUAACUUAAAACCCGAGGGUGAGUUUAUUGGUAGACCAAAACAAGAACCCGUGCCGACAUAUGGUGAAAGAGCUCCAGUGGUAAAACCUAAAGAUAAUCUUUACCCUGAGGGUGAUUUUGUUCGACCAGAGCCAGAAAUUACGCCAACUAAAGGUGACCGAGCCCCUACCAAAAGGCAUCCUGAUAAUUUGAAACCUGAGGGAGAAUUUACUGGAAGACCGAAGGACGAUUUUAAACCAACCAAAGGAGAGCGGGCGCCCACGAAAAAACCACAAGACAAUCUAUUCCCAGAGGGUGACUUUGAACGGCCUGAACCCGUGAAAUAUGGACCCGGAGAGCGGCCAAAACCAGUGAAGCCAUCAGAUAAUCUCAAACCUGAGGGCGAUUUUGAGAGACCAGUGAAAGAAGCAUUCAAACCAGCAGAGAGGCCAAAGCAAGUAAAGCCUGAAGACAACUUACGUCCAGAAGGUGACUUUGAAAGACCAGUGAAACAACCAGUGGGUCCUGGUGAGCGAGCUCCAAUUAUCAAGCACCCGGAUAACUUGAGACCAGAAGGAGAUUUCGAAAGGCCAGAAAAGGAUCAAUUCAAACCUGCUGAGAGACCUAAACCAGUGAAGCCCACCGAUAAUCUGAAACCAGAGGGUGAAUUUGAGAAACGCACUCCAACUAAAGUAGGGCCCGGUGAACGUGCUCCUAUCAUCAAGCAUGAAGAUAAUUUACGUCCUGAGGGAGACUUUGAAAGACCUGAGAAAGAAGGAUACCGACCGGCUGAAAGGCCAAAACCAAUCAAGCCCUCAGAUAAUCUUAAGCCUGAGGGUGACUUUGAUCGUCCAGUUAAAGAAAAAGUUGGACCAGGUGAACGAGCUCCAAUUAUUAAACAUCCUGACAACCUUCGUCCAGAAGGAGACUUUGAGAGACCAGAGAAGGAUCAGUUUAAACCGGCUGAACGACCAAAGCAAGUAAAGCCUACUGAUAACUUGAAACCAGAGGGCGACUUUGAAAGACCUGAAAGAGAGGGAUUCAAACCAGCUGAACGCCCUAAACAAGUUAAACCCUCUGAUAACUUGAAACCAGAGGGAGACUUCGAAAGGCCAGAAAAGGAAAAGUUCAAACCAGCAGAGCGGCCUAAACAAGUCAAACCAUCAGACAAUUUAAAACCAGAGGGUGACUUUGAGAGACCUGAAAAGGAAAAGUUCAAACCAGCAGAGCGGCCUAAACAAGUCAAACCAUCAGACAAUUUAAAACCAGAGGGUGACUUCCAGCGACCACAGAAGGAAGAGUUCAAGCCGUCAGAAAGGCCAAAACAGGUGAAACCAUCUGACAACCUAAAACCAGAAGGUGACUUUGAGCGACCAGAAAAGCAGGAAUACAAACCAGUUGAAAGACCGAAACAAGUGAAACCUGUUGAUAACUUAAAAACGGAGGAAGGCAUAAUAGAAACAGUGCGGAGCAGGGACGAUUAUCAAGUUGUUAAGGGUGAGCGAGUUGACAUCGUAAAACACGAAGACAACUUGAGAGUCGAAGGAACAUUUGAAACCCGACGCUCUCGUGAUGACUAUGCCGCAGUUCGAGGUGAAAGAGUUGAAAUUACUCGUCAUGAGGACAAUUUACACUUGGAAGGAGAAUUUGUUGAUGUAAGGCGAAGAGAUGACUACAAUGUUGUACGUGGAGAAAGAACCGAAAUUGUGAGACAUGAAGAUAAUUUGAUAAUCGAAGGAGAUUUCACAGAUUCCAGGACUAGUGAUGACUUUAGACCGAAACCGAUAGAAAAAGUCACACCAGUCAAGCAUCCGGAUAAUCUAAAACCAGAGGGAGACUUCGAACGGCCAGAAAAGAAGCAAUUCAAACCCGCAGAGAGGCCUAAACAAGUUAAACCUACGGAUAAUUUACGGCCUGAAGGUAAUUUUGAAAGACCGGAAAAGGAUCAAUUUAAACCUGCCGAAAGACCGAAGCAAGUAAAACCAACGGACAACCUUCGUCCUGAGGGAGACUUUGAAAGACCAGAAAAAGGACAUUUUACACCUGCAGAGAGACCAAAACAAAUUAAACCUCAAGAUAAUCUAAAACCGGAGGGUGACUUCGAUCGACCAGUCAAAGAGAAGGUUGGACCAGGUGACAGAGCCCCUGUUGUUAAACGACCUGACAAUUUGAAACCUGAGGGUGAAUUUGAGCGUCCAGAAAAAGAAACCUAUAAACCCGCAGAGAGGCCGAAACCAGUGAAACCAACGGACAAUCUGAAACCUGAAGGAGAGUUUGAGAAACGUACACCAACUAAGGUUGGACCAGGUGAAAGAGCACCUAUUGUCAAGCAUGCAGAUAAUUUGAAACCGGAGGGCGAAUUUACCAAGAGGCCGAAAGAGGUAGCUCCAGUUAAAGGUGAAAGAGCGCCCGUAGUAAAACCAAAAGAUAACCUAAAAACUGAAGGUGAAUUCCAUGAUUAUAGGUCAACAGAUGAGUACAAGAUAGUGAAAGGAGAAAGAGCCGAGCGAGUUGCACAUGAGGAUAAUCUGAGAAUUGAAGGAGAAUUUACUGAAUGGAGAUCAAAAGAGGAUUAUCAGAAUGUGGUCGCUGAGCGAAGAAAAGUCAUAAAACACGAGGAUAACCUAAAAGUAGAGGGAGAAUGGGAAAUUCAUCGAUCGAGGGACGACUUUACAGCAACUCGCGGCGAAAGGGUCGAGGUAGUUAAACACGUCGACAACCUUCACGUUGAAGGUGAAUUCAUCGAGUCCAGGUCCAGAGAUGAUUAUAAAUACGUGACUACAGAAAGACCAAAGUGGGUGAAACAUCCAGACAACCUGAGACCAGAGGGUGAUUUUGAACGCCCAGUCCUCAAGGAAGUUGGUCCCGGUGAGCGUGUUAAACCUAUCAAACCAACAGAUAAUCUCAAACCUGAGGGCGAAUUUGACCGUCCUAAACCAACUCAGUACAGCCCUGCUGAAAAACCAAAAAUUGUAAAACACCCAGAUAAUCUUAAACCCGAAGGAGAAUUUGAGAGGCCUAAGACUCAAGGAUAUACACCAGGAGAAAGAGCUCCAGUCGUCAAACACCCUGAUAAUUUGAAGCCAGAAGGGUCAUUCGACCGUCCAACGAAGGAAAAACUGGGUCCCGGAGAGAGGCCAAAACCUGUAAAACCAACAGACAAUCUAAAGCCCGAAGGAGACUUUUUCAGACCAAAAGACUCCCCGAUUGGUCCGGGAGAAAGAAGGCAACCAAUAAGGCAUCCGGACAACCUACGACCAGAGGGUGAUUUUGAAAGACCAUCCAAAUCCCCAGUUGGACCUGGUGACCGAGCUCCGAUCAUCAAACAUCCAGACAACUUAAAACCAGAAGGAGACUUUGAAAGGCCAACUCCGCAGAAAUUUGGUCCUGGAGAACGUGCUCCUAUUGUCAAACACCCCGACAACUUACGUCCGGAGGGAGACUUUGAGCGUCCAACGCCGCAAAAGGUGGGGCCAGGUGAGAGGCAGAAACCGAUUCGUCAUCCCGAUAAUUUGAAAUUAGAAGGUGACUUUGAAAAGAGGACGCCUGGAAAAGUUGGACCGGGUGAUAGAGCUCCAAUCGUAAAACAUAAGGAUAACUUAAAACCAGAGGGCGAAUUUCAAGGUAAACCAAAAUCGAAGGAUGAUUUUGUGCCAACAAAAGGCGAUAGAGAACCAGUGCGGAGACCAAAAGAUAAUUUGCAAAUCGGAGGCGGAGAAUUUUACGGAAUUUCAACUCAAAAAACACAAUACACAGCUGUUGUUGGUGAAAGAGCUGAAACGAAAAAGUAUGAAGACUCCUUACAAAUUGGCAAUGGAAAGAUGGAGGUUAAAACUACAUCAAAGGAAACUUAUCAAGUUCAAAAGACUGAGCAAACUCCAUCUCGAGUUGUCAAUAAGAGGCGUCAUGUUGAGUCACAAAUAACAUUAGGAGAUGACAAAUCUACAAUGGCUCAAUACAACCGCAAAAAUUAUUCCUCUGAAAGAGAUCAAACAAUCGCACACAAAGAAACCAAUAACACAACACAUCAAAGAAUCGAACGGAGAAACACAUAUACAGCGUCGGAUAAAGAACAAACUAACCAAACCUCCAUCAACAAAGUUCACUCCGAUAGUCAGACUAGACUCAAUGGAUCCGUUCAUGAGAUUACAAGAACUGCUCAAUCGCAGGUGAACGAGAAACAUCAAGUACACCACGCAACAAGGUCAGAAGUUUCAAGAAAGGUGGAACAAAGCCGACAACACCACGAAACUCGCUCAUCUCAUACAGACCUCUCCCAGACACGUCAACACCAUGAAACGCGCGCAUCGCAUACGGAUCUGUCUAAAUCUCUACAACAAACUAGAGAACAUCACGAGACCAAAAAUAUGCAACAAAUUCAAAGUCACCGCGAAGUCCAUCCUACGCCCCACACAUGCCCGGUACAUCGACACCACGAAACACACGCGCAAAGCUCCAGAACGGAAAGUUCUCAGAGUAUGACCUCAGAGCAUCACGUGAAACAGCAACAUACGGGACAACAAAUAUUGAGAAGUGAGACAACUACUAGACAAAUCCAAUCACAGCCUCGUAGGUCAGAUUCAACAUGGAGCGUGCAAUCAUCUCAAUCCAAUGGUUUACGAUCUUCCCAUGGAUCGUCAUCUAACAUUCAUUCUAGCUCUCAAAUAGCGCAAACUCUAAAGCAAGACAACUCAACUAGUCAAAAAGCUCUUUCAUCCGUCAGAACAUCCGGACAGACCUACGUAAGUUCUCGAGAGCAAAGAGCUCAAUCAAUGGAAUCGACCGUGCAGUCACAGAAGCAGAGUCAAAUGUAUUCGAGCACCAGCAAAUCGAUACUGAAUCUUUCUGGAGGAUCUGAAACUAGAAACUAUGUCAGACCAAGCAAUGACGAACAUCAACACCAUCGGAAAAAUGUGAUCAGCAACACCUCAGCGGACGUUCAAAAUUCUCUACUCACCCGAAGAUCCGAUGUUAAAUCGGCAGAGGCAUUGCAUACAAUAUCAUCUGCUGCUGUUGAGCAACGCCGAAGUGUCUUGAAUUUGGACAACCAGUUUACAGGACAAGUUAAAUCAAGUGAUAGACAAAGUCUGAGUUCUAUGCAUAAGCAAGAGAAAGGAGAUCUUACGACGAAGAAAUCAAGCAAUUUAAACAUAGGUACGACCGGUCGAUUCCAAGGACAAACUGAGUCUAAAGGAUACGGAAAUUUCACCGCGACCGAACGCGUAACGCGAGUUAAACAGGCCAACACCUCUCAUUUCACGAUAGGAGAGGAAUACUCUCGUCAAGAUAGUGGAGUCACCCAGUAUAGAAAAGAGUUCCUACCCAAAGUCCAGAAACCGUGCCCAGUACCUUUGAUUACUAAGACUGAAACUGAGUACAGACAUACGAGAGAUACUAAAGCUCACAAGUAUUACAUGCCAAAACGCAGGGAUUAAAAAGUAUCGACUUUUCUACCCUUUGGACAUGUCUCCUUUAGCAUGAAAACGUUUUAGGGAGUGUAAAUAAAAAAUAACAAUAACUCGAUAGCUCCGUUGCCGGGGCCUAUAAAUUUUAAGACGAUUUGCUUGUGCGUUUUUCAACCUCCACUAUUCUGUAUUACUAUGAUUUUCAAAUGUCCGUCUAAAAUUAUUUUGCAAUAUGGAUCAUUAUGCCUAGUCUUUGAUCCUGCCUUUUGUAUGUUAACAUGUAAUUCACUGUCUUAUUUUGAUUGAGAAAAUAUUAUUUUUAAUGAUUAUUGUUAUUAAUUGUAUAAGAGUUUUAUAAGUAGAUUGAUCGACUGUGAUUAUAAUUUAUAUCAUGAUAGCCUCUCAUUUCAGAGGAUUCUCGGGCAGAAAAUGCUGUCCCAGUAAUAUUUUUUUUACUGUCACACUAGUUUGGAGGUGAUCAUAUAAAAUGACAUGUGAUUGCUUCGACCUAUCUUCCCCUCUCCGUCUAUCUUCAAACUACGACUAUCUUAUGCACUACACGGUUACGUAGGCAUACUUGUCAGCCUGCCUCUUUAAGUUCAUGUUAUAUUUUGCCUGUAGAUUUUUCCGUCCUUACCUAACUUCAAAAACCGACCCGUUUUCGUCACAUGAAGCGUGUUAAGUAAGUAAUCUCCAAUAUGAUACCUAGAUGAAGUUACCUUUCGGACAGUAAACGUACCUACUUGUAAGCUUAAUUGAUGUAUGCUAUUUUCCACCCUAGACCUUUUCAUAUUUUAGCUGAAUCUAUUCUUAAUUUCCUCCUGAAAUGUAAAUAUAUGGAUAAUUUAAAUAUGUAGAUCCAGGGGAAUCAUUACGCAAUAAUUAGAAUUACAUUAAACGUGGAAAUGACCUCUUCAUCUUAUUAAUCAUAGAACGCAAUGUCACUCAAUGAUUCUAUAAUUUUCGCAUUGGCUGUGAUUAUUAACCAUUCACAAUGAUUAGAAGAUGCAGCAAAUCCCAUUAUGCUUAGACAAUAAAAGAGAAAACUACAAAAAAAAACAAAAUAUUAAAAAUAUAGUAAGUCGAAUGAUUAAUAGCAUUUCUUUUCUGAAAAAGGUCAAACUGAUUUUUGCCUCCUGCUUCAGAGUUAUUUUUUUGUAAUACGCUUCCUAAAAAUUUAUUCAGCUUUUGCAAGAAUCUUAAGUAGGUAUAAGUAAAAUGUGUCUUGUUAAUUUAUUAUAUCACCAAGUAAAUAUUAAUUUUUAACCGAUAAUUGUAUUUAUGCAAAGGGUAGUGACUUACGUACGGAACUUAUUCCAUCUGUCCAUGCAGAAAAAUACCAAUUGGCAGACAAAUUUCAAAUUUAUUUGAAGAAUUCUCGAGUAAAGAAUAUAUUCUUGACAGAUCCUGCCAUUAUACAAUCUUUUGACGAAGGAGAUCCAAAAGUCGUAAAUGAUUUCUUGAGUUUGUCAUCUUAAAAUUUUUAUUGAACAGUUAUGUUUUUUUUGUUAUAAAAUAUAAAACAUGUUAAGUAAGCAUUGCUAUCAUUAGUCAGGUUAAAUAGAGCUUAAAUAUUAAAAACAUGUUGCCAUUUUUUUGUUAUCAAAUACUAUUGAGUUCGUGUUCAAAUUGAGAACUAGGCUCACGCAUAAGAAAAGUUAUACAGUUUAUAAUGAAAUUUGUUCAUGGAUCAAAUCACGAAAGUAAUACUAAUCAUGUAAAGACUAUUGUUAGUUAUUAUUUAGGAAUUAAGUGAUGUAGCAUGAAUACGUAGUAGAUGUAAUGGAUGUGAUUAUGAAACUUCAUUCAAACUUAAUUAUUUUCAAUUCUCCGUCUAAGAAGAGCUGGGUCUUUUCCUAGGCAAGGGGAGUAAUUGAGGAGAAGUAUUCCAAAGAGAAUUAAAACAUUUAGUUUUCUUCUAAAAUCAUAUCAUUUCUCGUACAUAUACCUCGAACGUAGAAAAAGGAGGACUCGCUCUCCUGCGCUCUUCCUAAUUCAUUAAUCGCACUGAAAAUCAAUUCAUCUUUGCGAGAUGGAAAAUUUAAUGAUCGUGGAAAUUUUUUCUUUCCUAUUCUUUCUCUUUUUGAUCGGACAACUUCUCAAACAAAACUUAUUUCAUUGCUGCUGCUGAUACUGCUACCUACCUACCUAACUGCUAUUAUUCCCACUUACUUGCUUUUUGAAAUGACAGAAAAAAUCGUAAGGGAAUACUGUUUGAUUAUCUCUUGGUUGCCUUUAACUAUUUUUGUGAUAAGCAAUUAAACUUGACAAAAUAUACUUUGAAAAAAUGGCCUUAAGGUAGUAUUUGGAAACAGAUCUUAUAGUGUACGUGUAUUUGGAUCCACGAAAAUCUUCCUUUUUCUGGUUGAAAGUUGUAUUUUUAUAAAUUAUAAUUUUUUAGGAAUAAAUUUUUUUUACGUUA